UGGUAUAUUGUUUAAUAUAAAUAUUAGUAAUAUGCAGCAGGCUCUCCAUGUAUUCAUAAGACCAUUACUAAGUAAACCAAUAUUAGAAGAAGUUGGAGCAAAGGAAACUAAAAAGUCAGAAUGGUUCAAGAAGAAAUCAGGAAGGGUCCAUGGACAGAACAAGAAGACCUUCAACUGGUCUGCUUUGUGGGAUUAUUUGGGGACCGACGAUGGGAUUUCAUAGCUAAAGUUUCAGGUUUAAAAAGAACAGGUAAGAGCUGCCGCUUACGAUGGGUUAAUUACCUGCAUCCGGGGCUCAAAAGAGGAAAGAUGACUCCUCAUGAGGAGAAACUCGUCCUGGAGCUUCAUUCUCAGUGGGGAAAUAGAUGGUCACGGAUUGCCCGGAGAUUACCAGGGAGAACCGAUAAUGAGAUAAAGAACUAUUGGAGGACACAUAUGAGGAAGAAAGCACAAGAGAAGAAGCGGGAAACAUCUCCAUCAUCAUCAUCAACAACAACAACAACAACAACAAAUUCUUCUACUUCAUCAAACAACCGAGCAGUGAAUUCAAAAACAGCUACUGAGACAACCGAAAGCUUUGACAGUACAGUAGUUGCUGAUAUGUCAUCUAUGCAAGGAAAAAAGUAUCAGAAAGAUGAGAGGGAGGAGGAAGAAUUUUAUUCCAUGGAUGAUAUAUGGAAAGACAUCACAUCAGAAGAACCAAUAAAACCAGUUUACAAUGGCUAUCGCGAAGGAAGCAACUUUUCUUGCCCUCCAAUGGCUUCUCCAUUGUGGGAAUAUUGUCCAGACACACUAUGGAGACUGGAGGGAGAUGAAAGUAAGAUGUUUUUCCCCCCUAGUGAUCAGUUUGUUCCCUGUUACCAACAUGAGAAUAUGUCUUUAACUGGUUAGUUUAGCUUUAAUCAUAUAAUCCAUGUCAAGCAAACUCCCUGUAUAGUAAGGACUCAUAAUAGAAAAAUUAGCUUUCUUGCACCACCCAUAGUCCAAUGAGCACUGUAACAAUUCAUGCAUGAUUAUACACCUAGCCCCUAGGUAGUCCUAUUUUCACUUUCUAGUUCCUGGUUAUUUGUACGAGUUUCAAUAAGUUGUAUGUCCCUCAAUGUAAUGUAUCAUAAGCAUGUCAAUUAUGUUGAAGUUGAACGGAAAUUAUUAUUCAUGUAUUAUGAAUUUCUGAUAUCACA